GAGAGAUAAACAAAACACUCAGCAAGAUGGCAGAAAUCCUACCAGCAGCACCCGCCGCUUCUGCGGCCAAACCUGUGAAGAAGAAGACGACGACAAAGACGGUAAAGAAGACCGGACCGAGUGUCGCAGAACUGAUCGUGAAAUACGUCAGUGCCUGCAAUGAGCGGAAAGGUCUUUCUUACGUCGCCCUGAAGAAGCUGUUGGCCACUCAAGGCGUCGAGAACAUCGGUCAGAUCAAACGCACCCUGAAGAGACUCGUAGAGAGGGGGGUCCUCGUGCAGACCAAGGGAAACGGUGCUACCGGAUCCUUCAAGGUGGCAAAGAAAGUCGAGAAGGUCAAGCCGGCAGCUAAGAAGGCUCCCACUAAAGCCAAGAAGCCGUUAGCGAAGAUCGCCCCAAAGAAGACUAAAGCCGCCGGCAAGGUAACCAAAGCCAAGUCCCCCAAGAAGGCAACAAAGAAGCCGGCUGCCAAGAAAUCAUCAACCCCGAAGAAGGUCGCCCCCAAGAAGAAGAAGAGUACUACCCCCAAGAAGAAGGCAUCAACCCCCAAGAAACCCGCAGCAAAGAAGGCAUCCAAGCCCAAAGCUAAGGCGAAGGCCGUGAAGGCGACCGGAACCAAGCCCGCAUCCAGGAGGGCAGCCAAGAAGUAAAUCAAAGUUUACUUCCAUCAAACCAAAGGCUCUUUUAAGAGCCACCCAAAUGUUUCAUCUAAGAGCUCCUUCUUCCAUGUGUUUCUCUCUUUAUCUUUGAAUUAUUUAUAGUUGUAUACAUGUUAUACAUGAUAUGUAAAAAUCACAUGCCAGGCCCUUCCUGCAUGUGUCAUUUAACUGGGCACUAUGUUAACUGAAAUAUACCUUUUGUAUUUCUAACAUUGAGCCACUCUUUCAUAUAUUCAUAUUUAACAGAAAUACUGCCUUACUACUUUC